AUGGCAGCAUGGUUAAAUGGAACAAAAAAGAAAGAGUGUUUAACAUUAGAUAAAGAAAUGAAAUUAUUUGAACAAUUCAUUCAAUUAACACCAGAAGAAAUUAGAUGUAGAAAUUAUUGUGUUGAUAAACUUAAACAACUCUUUGAAAAUAAUAUUGAACAUUGUGAAGUUCAAGUAUAUGGAAGUUUUGUUUAUGGAUUAUCAUUACCAUCAAGUGAUGUUGAUAUUGCAUUAUUAUUUCCUCAAUUACCUUCUUUAUCUAUAGGAAGAAAAAUUAGAAUAUUAAAAAGAGUUGCUCAACUUUGUAGAACAAUAAAAAGUAUUAGAGUAGAUGAUGUAAUUACUAAUGCUAAAAUACCUAUUGUUAAAUUAACUGAUUUAGAAUGUGCAUUAUCAAUUGAUAUUUCUGUUGAUUGUGAUAAUGGGAUUGUAACUACUAGUUAUAUUAAAACAUUAUUAACUGAAUUCCCAUUAGCAAGAACACUUUCAUUAUUUAUUAAAUUUUUAUUAUUUCAAAAUUCAUUAAAUGAACCAUAUCAUGGUGGUUUAGGUUCAUAUGCAAUUAUUCUUUUAGUUUGUACAUAUCUCAAAAAUAAUCCAACAGAAGACUGUGGUAUUGCUAUUACUGGAUUUCUUAAUUUUUAUGGAUCAUUAUUUAAAAUGAGAAUGACUGCUGUUUCAUUAAUUAGUGGAUAUUGUAAAUAUCGAUCUGAAGAUGAUUCUGAAUCAUGUCCAAUGAUUAUUGAUCCUUGUGAUGAAUUAAAUAAUGUUGGUAGAACUUCUUUUAAAUUUACUACUGUUCAGUACAUUUUUAAAAAAACAUUAAUUGGAAUAAAUUAUCAAUACAAAAGUCCAAAGGAAAAAUAUCUACCUAAAAGAAGUAGAUUAUCUAAUGUUGUUGCUAUUGCAGCAUCUACUUUAGUUUUUAGAAAUGCUAUUUGUCAACGAUUUAGUGAACAAGGUACUCCAACUCUUGUUCAUGAAAAUAGAACAGUCAAUGAUAAGUCGUUACAAUAA